CUCCAAAAUUAAAGAAACAAAAGAAGCAUCCCUUUAAUUGAUUGACUUUGGAGAGAAAGAAAAGGUUGCAAAAGGAGAGAGAAAGAGAAAGAAGUCAGUACAAGAGUCCAAGAGAACUCUCUAAGACAUCAAGAUGAAUAGAGGAGCCUUUGAGAGUACUAAUUCAAUCCAUCAAAUGAUGGGGGGAGCCCCUGGUGGCUUGUGGAGCUUGGAUAGCAUGAGGCCAACUCAUCCACUACAAACAUAUCCUCUUCUUCCUCCAUCAUCAUCAUCAUCAUCAUCAACUGCCUCAUCUUCUUCCUCCUUGCCACAGUUCUUGCAGCCAUCUAAUCUUCAUUCUAUGGCCUCCAAUUGGCAUGACAACCAAGAGCCCCCUGAGUCAUGGAGCCAAUUGUUGAUGGGGGGCUUGGUAGAAGAGGAUAGAUGUUGCUUACUCACUCCUUUCCAAAAUAAUAAGGUGGAGAAAUGGCAAAACAAUUUGAUGUAUCCACCAUCAAGUGCAUGUAUUGAUGUCAAGCAAGACUUAUCCACCAAAGGAUGUAUCUACGGCCAAACUAAGGAAGAAAUCCAAACACCUAGGUCUUCUUGGAGUCAAUUUCUACCAAACUCCUCUCCUAGGUCUUGUGUCACAACAAACUUCAAUGGCAGUAUGUUGGACUUUGCAAAUAACAAGACAGACACAAGACAACAGGAGCUUGAACAUUCAUCUCAAGAGUGCAACAGCACAUCCACAGGUUCCCCAUACAAAAAGGCUAGGGUUCAAGCCUCCUCAGCUCAAUCUACUUUCAAGGUGAGGAAGGAGAAAUUAGGAGAUAGGAUCACAGCACUGCAUCAGCUAGUCUCCCCAUUUGGAAAGACUGACACAGCAUCUGUGCUGUUGGAAGCCAUUGGCUAUAUCAGAUUCCUGCAAAGUCAAAUUGAGGCUCUGAGCUCCCCGUACUUGGCAUCUUCUACUGGCAUCGUGAACAUGAAGCCUGCUGCAGCAAAUGGAGAGAGGAAUUGCAUAUUUCCAGAAGACCCAGGCCAGCUGCUGAAUGACAAUUGCAUGAAGAGAAGAGGGAUAUCUGAGGAUAAUGAUACUGAUCUCGAGCCAAAGAAGGACCUGAGGAGUAGGGGACUAUGCCUUGUUCCUGUGUCCUUCACUUUGCACGUUGGCAGCGACAAUGGCGCUGACUACUGGGCUCCAACCUUUGGUGGGGGAUUCCGAUAAGAGAUCACCGGAGUCCAUUAUUAACGGUGGAUAUAACAUCAUGAGCGGUCACCCUGAUAAGAUCACUCGGCUAUAGGCUGACUGCUCAUGAUGCUAUACACUUAAUUUAACUCUUGUUAGGUUAUCAAAGUUUGAUGAUAUAUUAGAGGACUGGAAGGACCCAGGCAUAAUGAUUGCACUUUAGUCUAAACCUAGUACAUGUGUAGUUUAUAUGAGAUGUAAUUACAUAAUAGGAGUUGGUUCAUUGGCUACCUUUUUUGACUCAAUGAAAGGAAGUGAAUCAUCACUCUAAACAUGUAGCCAUAUGUGUAUUUUCCAUAAAAGUUCGUAUGUAUAAUGUAUAUGUAGCAUGGAUCUGACCACUCUCAGUACCAAAGCAAUAUUUAUAUACACAUAUAUAAUUUGUUUGUCUU